AUGGAUUAUAGCACCUCCAUUCAUGAGUCCGACCAUCCGGCAGGCGCAUCGCCCUGGGGUAACUCGCCUGUCUCCUCGCCACAGGCAACCCGAACGACGUUCGGCACAAUAGGAGGUGAUUCUCCCGCAUCUCCUGCGUUUGGGUCGCAGAUCUCUGGCAACGGCUUCGGAUCUGAACCUGAUGAGGAGGGCUUUCGUUCGCCCGGCGGCGAUUAUAGGAGGCCUGGUACUGCCAGUACGGAGUCCGAGGACGAUGGGCAGACACUAGCACAAGAAGCCGCUGGAGAAUCUGAUGCGUACCACGACGAGAACGUGUCCCCAUCACAGGGUCAUGAUGAUCCCAACCGGCUGUCUGGAGACACGGCGCGCGCCAGUCGUGAACAGGCUCAGGCCCAACCCCAGGCUCGGAGGCCCGCAGGGCCAGUAUACAAGCUUCAGGCCAAGAUUACUGGUCUGGAGCGUGCUGCUCGCAAAGACCCAAUCUUGAGAUUCGACGUGCACACAAAUCUUCCCAAGUUUCGAACAACCCAGUUCCGAGAUGUCCGGCGUCUGCACUCCGAAUUCGUCAAGCUAGCUGAGCAUCUGAUCUCGGCGAAUCCUGAAGCGAUGGUGCCUGCCGUUCCACCGCCUCUGACAUCUGCCGGAGCUGGAACCGAUGAGGAUGAGAUCAGGGUGAAGGCACUGAUGCAGCGCUGGUUCAACUAUGUCUGUAGCAACGAGGUCUUGAUGAGAGAUGAUGAGAUGGUCCUGUUCGUUGAGAGUGACUUCGGCUACAGCCCCAUGAUGAAGAAGAAACAGCCUGCUACGGGUGUCAGACGCAAACUUCUGAAGCAGUUUGCUCCUCCCCCGGAUGACACCCCGGAGCUGUCAGAGGCGCGACCCAUCGUGAAGCUCUUCUACUUGGGCUCGAUGGACGCAGGCCACAAGGUCGACAAGCUGGUCAAGGCCCGCCUGGGCCUUUCUCAGUCCGAUUUCGGCGUGAGACUUGGUGGCAUGCAUGUCCAAGAACCUCAUCAAGGGCUCGCAAACGCCUACCGCAAACUCGGCAAGAUUAUUCAAACCGUUGGGGACUCUCAACAAGCGCAGGCAACGGCUGAGGCCUUUUCCAUCGGAGAUCCAUUCCAAUAUCAUUCUAACGAUGCCUUCAUUGUCAAGGAGACCCUGACCAACCGCCAACUUCUCAUUCGCGAAUUCAUACAGGCCCAGGAAAAUACUCGUAGCAAGCUGAAUGCGGCAGACCGUCUGAGGGGUAGCUCCAACGUGCGCCGGGAGAAGGUUGACGAGGCUAUUACUGCAUUGGACGACGCGAAACAGAACCAGGAGUACCUCUAUCAGAAGACUACAAGAGUAACCCAAAAUCUGGUGCAGGACCGUCGCAAAUGGUUCGCAAGAACUACAGCAGACCUCAGAGCAAGCAUUCGAGAGUUUGUGUGCAAAGAGAUCGAGGCCGAGAGGAGGACCCUGGCGCUGCUGGAGAACGUGCGGCCCGACGUACGGGCGAUCGAUGCUUCCGGUGGCCUCAGCCGUCUAGGUCGUGAGGCACAUCCCGCAGUACGACGGACGAGCAUGGCCUCGAGCCAGGGGCCCAAGGGAGACGCGUGGAGCGGUGUUCCCAGGCGGUCUGCAGACCCCAUGGGAAGAAGCAUGUCUGGCAGCUUCAUGCCCAACGUCGGCGAGGAGGCAGAAGCCGAAGAGGAGAGCGCUCGACCUCCGACCGGACUGCCCGGCCUCAGCGAGGAAGAUGACGAGGACAGGGUGGAUGCCAGGAACGCAGCGAGCCGGCUGGCCACCAGCACUUUCUGAGCUUUUGAGAUGUGUAUUUUCUCGAUCAGCAGGAGUACUCCCGAGCUCGAUCUUCAGAGAUCAACUCCAUUAAAUUAUGAAUUGUAUCAUUGUAUGUGCUGCU